AUGAGAGCUGUCCAAAUCCAUGCCGACAGGCCAUCACGAACACCUACUGCACCGGAGCCCGAAACCCCAUUUUUGGGACGCCUCCACCUGCUAAAUUCAAAACUCAAUGGAACUGCCCCGCCGGCGGAAGCUCGCCUCAAGGAGCAUAUAUCCAGAUGA